UUUCUUUUUUGUAAAUUUCUUGAAAUCAUCAUGAGGGGUAAGCUUUUUACGUCAUCUAAAGCUUCGUCACCUUCGAAUUCUUAUGCUCAAUCUCCGGUGAUGUCUCCUAUGAACACACCUUCCCAUCAUCGAACCUUUUCGGUUUCCAUCAUGGAAGAAGAUUUGAUGUAUGCUGAACAAAUGAUCAAGAGGUGGGAUCUUGAUUCUCCGUUUUAUACGAAAGUGGACUAUCUCUUCACUGGAGAUAGACGUGAAGCUCGACAGUAUGUGAAGGCGGUUAAGAAUUUGCAGUCGGCGAUGCAUUGUUUUGUGUCGGAGAGUGGUAGCUCGGAGAAGAUUAUUCAUGCACAGAAGUUGAUGCAGAUUGCGAUGAAGAGGUUGGAGAAGGAGUUUUAUCAGAUUUUAUCUGCGAAUAGAGAUGUCCUUGAUUCGGAGUCGGUUUCUAAUCGAUCAUCAAGAGGUAGAUCAAGUGUUUCAGAUGAUGAUGAUGAUGUAUCAGAGGAAGAUGAUCGAAUUUCAUCGUCCGGAAACACCGUUUCUGAUGGAGAAAGAGUUUCGGUUUCAGAAUUGGCUAUGGCUGAUCUCAAAUCGAUUGCUGAUUGUAUGAUCUCAUCGGGCUAUGGAUUAGAGUGUGUAAAGAUUUACAAAAUUAUCAGGAAAUCGAUUGUUGAUGAGACGCUGUAUAAUCUCGGUGUUGAGAAGUACAGUUUCAAUCAAAUUAACAAGAUGGAUUGGGAAGUGAUCGAACCUAAAAUCAAGAGCUGGUUAUACGCCGCGAAAGUUGCAGUGAAAUCGCUCUUUUACGGCGAAAAAAUUCUCUGCGACUACGUGUUUAUGUCGUCGGAGAAGAUAAGAGAAUCGUGUUUUUCCGAUAUCUGCAAGGAACGAGCAAUCGUGCUGUUUGAAUUCCCGGAACUCGUGGCGAAAUCGAAGAAAUCUCUAGAGAGAAUGUUCAAAACAUUGGAUCUGUACAACGCCAUCUCAGAGCAGUGGGCGGAGAUCGAAAUGAUCUUCUCCUACGAUUCAAUGGCCGUCGUUCGCACACAGGCCGUCACGUCACUCGUUAAACUCGGCGAUGCCGUCCGAGCAAUGUUAUCUGAUUUCGAGGCGGCGAUCCAGAAGGAAAUAUCAAAAACUCCGUUUCACGGCGGCGGUGUUCAUCCUCUAACACGUUACGUCAUGAACUACUUAGUUUUCUUAAGUGAUUACAGCCUGGCACUCUCCGAUAUCGUUGCCGACUGGCCACUUCAGAUACAAUCGCCAUUGCCGGAAUCUUACUUCUCAAGCUCCUCCUCCGACGAAUUAUCGUCGAUCUCCGCUCGUUUCGCGUGGCUGGUGCUCGUUUUGCUCUGUAAGAUCGACGCCAGCGCCGAGCUCUACAGAGACGUAGCUCAGUCGUACCUGUUUCUCGUCAACAACCUAAACUACGUCGUUUCAAAGGUUAACAGCUCCAAUUUGAAAUCCGUUAUCGGCGACGAUUGGUUGGUGAAGCACGAUCAGAAAGUGAAACAAUACAUUGGAAACUACGAACGAAUGGCCUGGAGUAAAGUAAUCUCAUCGUUACCGGCGAAUCCAACUGCUGAUAAUCUAACGAUCGAGACGGCGAAGGAUUGUUUCCGACGGUUCAAUCAAGAAUUCAGCGAAGCUUACCGAAAACAAUCCACGUGGAUAAUUUCCGACCGGAAAAUCCGAGACGAGAUUAAAAUCUCGGUGGCGAAAAAGAUCACGCCGGUGUACCGGACGUUUUACGAAAGAUACCGAGGGGUUUUUCGAGGCGUUGAUUCAGUGGUCAGAUAUGCCCCUGAUGAUUUGGGUAAUUACUUGUCCGAUUUGUACCAUGGUAACAGAGCUCCGGGAAGCACCAAUACGUCGUCGCACUCUUCUAUGUCUUCUUCCUCCUUAUCGGGAAGCCGUUGAAACGGUUUUUCCCUUGGAGAAAUAUUAUUUUAUUGGUUUGGUAAAUGUAAAAAUAUUAAGAAAUAACACCAUUCUUUAUUGAGCAA